AUGGAUAUUAAUUUCUUAAUACAUUUACUAGAAAUGUCAAUAAACACGUAUCAUGUAGAUGAUUUACCUAGUUUAAUUUAUAAAUUUGGUUAUAAAGAAGAAGGUGUAAGAUGUAAAUUAUUUGGCUAUAAAAAUAAGUUAGUACUUGCUAUAAAAGGCACUUCCCUUAAUAUUUUAGGAUAUGAGCUCGGAGAAACAUCUUUAAAAGAUAAGAAGAUGGUUAAUGUACUCUUUAAUAAAUGUAAAACAUCUUCUUUUCGAUGCGAAUAUUCUAAAAAAGUAAAAUUUGAUAAACUAGGAUAUUUGCAUAAAUUACAAAGAAUAAUUGUAGCAAUACAAUAUUUGUAUCCUAAUAAAGAAAUAAUAUUAACUGGGCAUAGUCUCGGUGGGGCAUUAGCAAGUUUGUUAAGUCUUAUAUACAAUUUACAGUGUAUUACUUUUGCCUCUCCUGGAGAGUUUUAUAUUUCUAAAAUUCUACAAUUAAAUAAUGAAAAUGGUGCCAUAACACAUUAUGGGAUGUGUAAUGACACCAUCUUUACUGGUAAAUGUGAUAAAUUAUGUAAUUUAUUAGGAUAUUCGGUAGAUACAAGUAGACAUAAUGGAAAAGUUUACUGUCUUAAAAUUACACCAAAUAUAAAGAGUGUUGUUUUCCACAAUAGCAGUGUUUUACUAAGUUAUUUUAGAAAGUUGGCAUUAUCAAAAAAACAUACCAAGAAUAGAAUAUAUUAA